GAUGUGGUCCAGCGUUUGGUUCUGACAGAGACCUCCCUGCAGACUCUGAAAGUCAACAGACCCAGUGAGAUCCGGACCCAGCAGGUUCUGGCCGAUGAAGAGUUUCUGCCGUUUCAAGAGAACUCCUUUGAUCUGGUUCUGAGCAGCCUGACUCUGCACUGGACCAACGACCUCCCUGGAGCCCUGAAGCAGAUCCAGCAGGUUCUGAAGCCGGACGGGGUGUUCAUCGGGGCCAUGCUGGGCGGGGACACGCUCUACGAGCUCAGGUGCUCCCUGCAGCUGGCAGAGACAGAGAGGGAGGGGGGCUUCUCCCCCCACGUGUCCCCCUUCACCUCCGUCACAGACCUGGGACAGCUGCUGGGACAGGCCGGCUUCAGCCUGCUGACUGUGGACAUCGAUGAGGUUAAGAUUCAUUAUCCAGGAAUCAUGGAGGUCAUGAUGGACCUGCAAGGUAUGGCAGAGAGUAACUGCUCAUGGAACAGGAAGUCUCUGCUGCACAGAGACACCAUCUUAGCAGCUGCAGCUGUUUAUAAAGAGAUGUACGGCAGCGAUGACGGCGAGGUUCCCGCCUCCUUUCAGAUCUUCUACAUGAUUGGCUGGAAGCCUCACGAGUCACAGCCCAAACCGUUGAAGCGUGGCUCUGCGACCGUGUCGUUAGGAGAUCUGUCUCAGAUCAAGAACCAGGACCAGUCCUGAACCUGCAGACCCUCACAGGAAGUUCAGCUGUAGCACUUCCUGUGACAGGCCCCGCCCCCUCAGAGGAGCCGAGUUCCUGAACCUUGUGUGGUUUUUAGACCUUUGCUUCAGUUCUGCAGCUCAAUAAUUAAAUGAAAAAACUUUUUAUGCAAAUGUAAAAAAUAAAAACUCUUUCCACAUAA